UUCAUAACAAGUGUUCGUGUUGUUUGCUCCCUCAUAUCGAGUAAACAAGUUGUCUGGAACUAAAAGUAGGCUUCAGUAGGAGAAUGCCACAAACGGUAGUGUUAUCUCCAUUUCAGAAAGAAAAACUACAAUACUACUUUAAAUUUUUAGAACCAAACCAGGAUGGUGUUUUAGAGAGUCACAGUUUUGACAGGGUUAUGCAGAAAAUUUACAAAUUCACUGGCUGGCCAAAAGAUAACCACAGAGCUCUUCAGUGUGUGGAGAUUCAUCAAGCAUUUUUUGAGAUUCUGUUUGAAAAAUCAGAGGCAGAGAGUGGGCACCAUGGCACUGCCACACUGGAUGACUGGUACGCCAUCUGGUCCCACAUCCUGCCUGGCUGUAAGGGGAUGAGCAACUUCCCUGUCUGGCUGCGGCUGAUGCCCAAAGUGUUGUUUGAUAUGAUGGAUCGCAACAAUGACGAUGUCCUGACCAGCGAUGAGAUUUUCCAGUUUUACAAAGAGAUGGUUGACCUGCAGGUGGACUUGAAAGAUCUGGAGACAUCCACACACAUGGCUUACAGUAAAAUGACUGAUAACGGCAGAUAUCCACUAACGCUGGACAGUUACGAGCAGGUCUUUGCCAACUUCCUCCUGGGCCGCACCCCACAUGGGCCGGGCAAGUACAUCUUUGGUUGUUUCAAGCACGACUAUGGCUCCUACCAGCUCAUCCAGCCAGCAGAAGACGACCCCUCAGACGACAUGUUUUCUUACGACAAGAGGCCAAAGAAGUUUGGUGUAGCCUUCACUUAAGUUAGUAGUUGGUGUGUUUGUUGAUAGAUUAACAUAUCCAAUGUCUAGGUAAAAUUACUAGUGCUUAAAUAGACCCAGCUGAUCACCAUAACAAAUGCCAAGGUAAAAUCACCUAGUAUUUGAAUUAAGCUAGCUCAUUGGUUGAAGUGUUUUGUUUACUUCAAUCUCUGAAGAUUAUUUAAAAUUAUUUAAACUUGUAACUGGUAAAGUGAAAAUGUUAUUUUCUUUAUUUUUUGUAUAGCCAACCAUCUUUGAAAUAGUGAUUAAGUUUCCUCUGUAGGUGUAACUGUGUAGUGAAGUUUUUGUACCACUUCAAAUUUUCUAUCAACAUAAAAAAAACACAACAAUUUGACUCCCCUUGCCAUAGCACCUUGUAUGUUUUUAAUAAUCCAAUGCUCUUCACAAAGAAAGUUUAAUUAUUUCACAAUCAGCUGCCUUAGUUAACCCUUGCUUGUAUUGUUAUAUUUCCAUGCAUGUUUAACCCUUUCUGUAACAACUUAAAGCAUACAGUCCCAGAGUACACUGGUUGAAAUUUUAAAGACUGUUUAAAAAAUUUAACAAGCAUAAGAAUGUGAAGCAAUACAUUGUUUUUUAAUUAAAAAAAUAGAAAAUGCUGCCUCACACCUUUACUGUUCUUUAAUGCUAUUGCAUUUAAAAUAAUUCAAAUUGUUAAUUAAACUAUACAUUUUUUUUCAUAUGUCCCUAAAUUUUAUUUUGUAAAAGUCGUACAAUUUCAGCAUUUAUUUUUACAUGUAUUUCACAACAGUAUUAUUUGUGUUCACUUUUCUGGGCUGUAGAAAGCUUAUUUCUUUUUUUUUUUUUUUUGCUGGAUUGGACGAAGAUUCUGAACUUUCAAAUAAACCUUAAAACUGGUUAAUUCUCAACAUUCAACUGUAGCUUCAACAACGAACAUUUUGCCCUGUUUUAGUGAAAGUAUUCAACCAAUAAUUCAAAUAGUUUUGUUACUAGAGCUACAUCGAAAUCAAAGCUUAAUUUAAAAAAAAAAUGAUAUUAAUUGAUAAAAACAAUUGUGAUUUUUUUAAAUAAUUUCAAUGAAUUGUAUAAAAUUUGACUGUGUUUAUACUUGCAGUUAACCUUCCUUGCAUCAUGUUGUCUCCAGUUACUGUUUUUUUUUCUCCCUGUCCUUUAAGUGCAAUAUUUGACACAUUAAAUCUCAGAUGUUUAAAAACUGCUUAAACAUUCCUUCUAUCAUACACAACAACCAAAAGACUUCUUUUUUAAUUCUGUGGAAUUUUACAAAAUUGCUUUCAAAUGUUCUAUUUAAUUUAAAUGUAUUAUUCAGAUAUUUGUAAUGAGUGUUACUUUAUUUAACCAAGAAAAGUUAAAACUAAUGUUGAUUGUAAACAUCCAACUUUUCUCUUUAGUUACUUUACAUUUUUUAUGACCUUGUUUUGAUUGUAAUCAGGGGUAGUGGCAUUACUGUAACAUAGUUAAAUUGAUGUCUUUUUGUUAUCUAAGCUUUGUUAAUCUGCAAUUAUACAAGUUAAGUUAAUAAAAUUAUACAUCCCCAUUUUUAAAAUAAGACUACUGGAUUUUGAAUUAAAUUAAUAUAAUUAUUAUAUAAUUCCAGAUUCUAAAUUUACAGGAUAUUUUGAAACUAAUUCUUAUUUUGGAUCUAAAAUGAUGUAAGUUCUGUGAUAUUUGAAAUGAAGCCAACAAGUUUUGGAUAAAGUGAUGUAAACCAUAGUAUACUGAUAUGCUAACAGCUAGUUUUUAAUUUUUUAAGAGAUUUGUUAUGGUCUACUAACUACUUAAACUGACCCCAUAGACACUGUGUUAUUUUGUUGAGAUGUUAAGAGCCAGGUUUCAAACACUUGCUGAGUCAUCAUAUUUCUGCUGCUUUCUGAAAUUCCGUUAUUUUGUUUACCUAACCUAUUUAUUUGAUUACAAGCUAUAUUUAACCCACCCUGCUGCACCAUUUAAAUCUUACUUUGAUCAUCACCUGGUAUGUUUAUCAUUACUUGUAGAAUUUUUUGUUUCCAUAUAGCAAUUUUAAUUGCUCUAAUAUGUAUAUUGCUAAGAAAAAAAAAGUGUGCUUUAGUUCAAAUGAAUUGUAUACUGUGAUUGGUCAACUGCAAUAGCCAGAUUUUUUUUUUUACAAAAGUUUGACUGAAAGGUUUCUGUGUAUUUUUAAUUUACCAUGUUUUUAAUGUUUUUUUUUCCACCUUUUUCUGGAUGGCUAAAAGUUGCCAGAAAACUUCAAACCAUUUCUAACAUGUGAGGUAAAAAAAAUGGUAAACUUUUUGAAAAAUGUACAUUUUAGAAACUUUAAGCUAACCUUGUGACUUCAAGUCCAGGAUUUAAAAAAAUUGUUUUAGCACUUUAAAAGUACACAUAAUAUUUUUUAAAUUAAUAAUUUCUUAAUCACAUCUUAAGCAUCCAAUUUUUAAGCCUUGAAUGCUUUUGAGAUCAAUUAUCAUUAAAGUUAAGUAUCUUG